AUGCCGAUAAAUGCGAUCACCGGCUUGCUCUCUAUCGUCGACGACUUACUAGCGGACAAGAUCAAUCGAAAAGUGGCGUACAGCAAAAUCAUUUCUAUGACAUUGGAAAAACACUUGGAAAAGUUUGCCAUGGCCUUGGGGCAACUAGUCAGGAGACUCCCAAGUGAACCAAUACGAGAAGAUUUUGGCGAGGCUGAACUUUGUUCACGUUUUGUCGAUCCAUUUCUUUCCGGGCUCUUUGAUAAUCCGGACGAUGAUGUUUAUCUUCGUUGGACAAACGUAUUCAAUGGAAAAACCAAUGAGCAACCAGCCAUCUGUAUUACGAGAUUCUGUGGUGCCAAUUGGGAGAUGAACGUGGGAUACGGAGAGGUUCAAUGUGCGGCACGAGACAAAGACGAUCACGUCAUUUGUCGUGAUUUAUUGAAAUUAACCGUAUCUUGUAAGGAAGCACUUGACGAACAACUGAUGGAAGGAAUGCUGGCCAUCCAAGUGCUGGGGCGAACCAUCAAAUUUUAUUUACUGGUCUUACCUGCCACAGGACUGUAUGCAUUGAUCGAUCUCGCCGUCAUAGAAGUUCCAGACUCGCUUAAAAGCCUCCCCAGUUUGGUGACUGAAGCGGCAAACAUCAUUAAAGUACUGGAUAUUUUCGAGCGACUCUGCGUCCCUGCCAGUGAUGUCGCGACCACCAUGAGCCGUCGUACUCCAACCCUUUCACUGUCACAGCUUGGUCAACUUUUUGCAAUCUCAGAACAUCGAAAAAGACCGCGUCACCUGAGGCCUCAAUCAAAUUGA